CCUCGCACCAUCCAUACAUUUCCACCCACGGGCACCAUCAUAACGAGCGGAGUAUUCACAACCCGUAGUCUAAUAUCAGGAUGCCGAGAGCAAAGAGGCCACUUGCUGAAUCUGACCCCAACGUACAAGGAUCAACCGAACAGGCAGCUGAGAAUAACAAGCCCAAAAGACAACGCGUGAGUGCGAAGUCGCAAUUCGAACAAUCCUCCUUCACUGGCAACUACGAAUACGUAUGCAUCAGCAAGCCUCCAUACGCAUCCGAAAAAGAUGACGACGAUGACGAGGAUGAAGACGAAGACGGAGACGAAGAAAGCAACUCCAUCUGGGGCAAGCCGGCUUCUGAGCACCCAGAAUGGAAGUGGAUUAUGCUCAAGGAAAGUCUUGAUAUGCUCGGUGCUACCUACCAGGCCACCGACCAUCGUGACCCAGACAGCUUCGACAUGUAUGUAUACAACGACUUUCUCGGAUAUGGCAUUAUCGAGAUCAUUGAGAAUAUGGUUCAAGCAUUCAACAAGGAGCUCAAGCCUCAGAAGGGAAAGAAGUACAAUUAUCAGCAGAUGUGGGCUGUCGUUGCCACCUUGGCUCACUAUCUGAAUCGAGACCUCAGCAUGCCCUGGAUGAUGGUGGAUGAUGGCGAUAGAUGCGCGCGACUGAACUCGUUGAUCGGCUGCAUGAUCUUGACCAUGCUCAAUGAGCUCGAUCGCAUUGGACAGCUUACUUCAGACUCCAAGUUUCGAGACCUCGGCCAUGUCAUGGCGCUCUACCUUCUCUGGUCGACAUCAGCCAAUGAGACCACUAUCGAGUUCUCGGAACUCUCCGACGUAGACGAUGCUGGUGAAGAGCCAGAAGAUGUCGACUGGCAGGAAGCACUGGUCGCCUAUGCGGAGAAGAUCAACAUCAACUUGGCUGAGCAGGGCGUUUCCGGCAUUCAGGGCGUAUUGGAUGGUAUCAAUGCAGCACCUCUGGACGGCAAGGUAAAAGCCGAACGAUGGAAGUGGACACCACUGCUUCGGGAGUAUCGCACGAUGCACGGCUACCGUAAAACUAUUCUUGCUGGUUCUGCUCCCCUUAUUGGCGGCGAGGAGUUCAACAUCAUGAAGAUGAGCCGCCAAGAGCGGGCUGACUAUGCCUUCGAUAAGGUGGACCCUCUUGCGCAAUUCACAGAUGAGGAGAUCGCGUCGGGCAAGCUUACGCUGCAAUGAAUGCUCCAUCACCUGGUCGUUCGGCUGAUCAAUUAUCAUUCGAACAUGUCGGCCUCUGAUGUCGUCGAGCUCCCCACACAAGCAGUGUCUCAGCAUUUGACUACUGUAUGAAGGCCCGCAAACAGAACAUCUCCAUAUCA